AUGCCGCCCUGCGCUCGGUGGACGCCUCCUCGAGGCCGCUCUACAGGACACAUCGCGACGGCUAAACGCCAACGUUGCACCGCGUCCGAAACCAUACUUACAGGACUGCUUUACGGCGUCGGAAGUGGUGAUGCGCCAGGACUUGCGAAUAAGGACUGUACCCCCGACCUGGCUCAAAGAUUCUAG